GUUUGAGGGGACAAUUCUCCUCUCUUCCUUUUAUUUUCUGCUCUUUCCCACGAAUUCGACUCCCAAUCUCGCAGCUCCGGCGACCUUCUCUAGCGCUGUCUCCUCUCCUUUGGCGCGUUCGGCUACUACCGCCUCGGUGGCUCCGCCUCCCAUGCGAUCACCUCCUCCGGCUUAAUCGAGCAAGAGAAGGAUUUGAAGUAAAAGCGGGAGAAGGUCUGGUCCAAAUCAAUUUGCAAAGCAUUGAUAUAAUGUGUUUGUGGACCACUGAGUAAUAAGAAGAGGCUUUCAAGUGAGUGAGAGAUGAUAGCCCUUGCUUCCUCCCUAAAUCUGGAGAUGAGCAAGGAGAUCAGAUCAACAUAAGAUGAGCAAGGAAAGAAGAAAAUAGUGAAUUCCUUUCUGUUUAUGCUUGUUUUUAGAUUGUUUUCAGCUGAAAGUGAUGACAACUGAAACAAAGACAAAUUCAGCUCAGAAGAUUGAUCCAGGGGUUCCUCCAACUAAGAUUUUGCAUAAGGCUGCUGAAUUUAAACGAUGGGGCAGGAAAUAUCCCUUCCUUCGAUAUGGGCUUCCAUUCAUUUCUCUCAUAGUAUGAGGAUCAGUUGGCCUUGCUCAUCUCAUUAAAGGAAGGCAUGUCUAAAGUUUUAAUACUUUAUCUUUUGCUUUUAUUGCUGUACAACUCUUUAUCUAUCUAUACCAUUAUCUAUUCUUGGUAUUGUCAAGCCCCUCUUAUUUAAGUAUGUCUGGGGAUCUCUAGAAAAGAUAGUUGCUCUGUUUAAUAUAUCAUUCUAUCAAACAAAUUGCAUCUGUUCUUAGAAUAAAUUGUUGGCUUAAUAAUUCAGUAAAGAAGUGACAAAGGAAAAAGAUGAUCUAGAGUGAGAGAUUAUUGAAACAACAAAAGCACUUACAAGAACUGGGCCCAAGGAUGGCUAUAAACCAAAGAAAAUUUCUCUGGAGGAGGAGCUGAAGGCUUUGCAACAAAAGGUUGACAUCAACAAUUAUGAAUACAAGAGGAUUCCCAGGCCUCACGAAGGAAAAUCAAGCAAAAUUAACUAAUACUUAUUCAAGCUUUUUUAUGUCACUAUGUAAUGUUUAAUAUUAUUUUAAACAUAACUUUAGCUAUUGCUAUGAUAUUUGAUAUUAUUUUUUUUUUCUUUUUGAGUUCAACAUCACUAAUUGAAUAUAAUCCAUUAAAAUGGUUUAUUCUUCCUGUCCAAAACUUGUUAAGAAGUUAAUUAUUACUUGAAAUUUUGGAAUGCUAAGAUCAAUCAAGACUAAAUUUUUAGGAAACACUAAAGAUGUUGUAGCAAGACUCAACUAAAUUUUUAGGAAACACUAAAGAUGUUGUAGUAAGACUCAAAGGAUGGACAGAAUUCUUAGUAAUGUCCUAUUGAUAUUUUACUACUUUCAUUGAUUCUCAAAAUUGUUACAGUUGGCCAAUAUAUUAGUACCCUUAAAUUUAAGGGGGACAUGUGAGCCUUUCUGAGGAUACCUAGAACCAGCAGGCAAUGGCUCCCAUGCCAUGUUUGUUAUCUCGAAGCUUGGGCGAAAUCUUUCAAGGAUUAAAGCUAUUGUUGAGGAAUCUAAUAGUUCUGAUUCAUGUGGAAAGCCCUCAUCUUGAUGCAAUAGGGCUGUGGGAAUAAGUCAAAAGGUGCAUUCCCCCUUCUCGGAUGUUCUCUUUUUUCCAGUUAUGUCAUGUUUUCCCCCCAGACUGGAUUUAGUUUGACGUGCCUUGAGCUGAAGAUUGAUUCAUACAUGUGAAAGUAAUUUUGGAGUGGCCAUUAUUCAGUGCUCUUGCCACGGAAAGCUGUCAGCUUUCCUUUUGGUUAAAUUUUGGGAUUGUCUUAUGCAUUGGAUGAAUUUCAUCAAUUGCAAAGAUGAAGUAUAGUAUUUUUUUCAUUUGUGCUUGCAAGCGAUGCCAGUGCUGUUCUGGUGGUCUACUUCUAUCACACAAUUCUUGUCUAGUUCUAGUAUUUUAUACUUAGUAAGAUAUAUUUACCUGUAUUUUAAUGCUGACAAGAAUCAGAACGCUUUAUAGUUUGCAACAUGCAUACUGUAUUAUACCUGGUUUCACGUCAUCUCUUGGAACUAUAAGCUGGUUUAAAGAACUACAAGAUAGGCCUGGUUUCUUUACGGUACAUAUCCUCCAUCCAGCAUUUUUUUUCUUUUCUUUGUUAAUCAUUUAUAUUGAAUGACAAGAGAAUUAUAUUAUUUCGUUCUAUGUUAAGAAGUAUAUUUUUUUCCCUUUCCCUGUUUUCUUCACAAAGAAAUUUUAGAGGUAGCCAAAAAAGUAUUUUGUUGCAUUUUACAAAGAAUUUACACUUGAUUAUGAUGUUGUUUACUUAGAAAUAUCAGCUUGUUUGCUCUUUAGUUCUUUUUUACAACCUGAAGGACCAAUUUCAGGUACAGAUAGCCGGAGUUGACAUUUAAUUUCCCUUAGCUGAGCAACAUCUCUGUAGUAAUAAGCUAGGAAGGGUAAGGGACCAUGACAUGCAGUCCAUCCUAUUUUUGCAAAUGUAUUUUAUAACGAAGAUGGGUUUUCUGGUACAACUGAGAUGUAACAGUAUUAGAAAUGUGCACCUUACAUAUUAUUUGCUGCAUAAAAGAAAUGUUGGGUAUAUCAAUCAUAAGCAAAUGAGAGGAAUGUAUAUCUACUCAAGAAAUGAAGACCUAAUAUUGUUGACAAAACAAAUUUCGGCAUACUCAAAUGAAGGAAAACUCGACCUGGCAAGAAAGGUCUUUGAUGAAAUGGCCUUUUGGGACUGUGUUGCUUGUAAUGUAAUGAUUAGGGAAUAUAUCUGGCACGGGAAGACCCAGGAUGCACGGGAGCUAUUUGAUAAGAUGCCUGAAAGGAACACCAUUUCUUGGAAUUCCAUGAUCAUGGCUUAUGCAAGUGAGAGUAGAUUGCAUAUUGCCCUGAAGCUUUUCUUAGUCAUGCCUGAUGAAGAAAAAGAUACCUUCAGUUGGACAACUAUUAUUUCUGGGCUUGCUCGUGUUUCACGAAUCAUUGAUUCAUGGCAAUUGUUCAAACAAUUGCCUGAGCCAGACUCUGCCUCCUGGUCUUCAAUCAUAUCUGGUUUCCAGCAGAAUGGAUUAUCAUCAGAAUCCUUGAUGCUUUUCAAAGAAAUGCUGUCAGUGGGAAGAAGACCCACUGUUCACUCUCUCACCAGCGCCCUGGCUGCUGCUGCAGAUUUAGCUGCACUUUCGAAUGGCCAGCAGUUAUACUGCCAUCUCCUGAAGAGAGGAUUUGACAAUAACAAUCUCGUCAGAAACUCUGCCAUCUCUAUGUUUAUGAAAUCAGGGUGUCUGCAUGGUGCGAUCAAUAUUUUCAAUAGUAUUUAUCAACCUGACAUGUUCACGUGGAAUGCUAUGAUUUCAGGAUAUGGGCAGCAUGGAUAUGCUGUUGAAGCAAUCUUAGUUUUCCAUCAGAUGCAGAAAGCUGGGUUUCACCCUGACAGAAUCAGUUUUCUGGGUGUUCUCCAGGGAUGUAGCCAUCGUGGAUUUCUAAAAGAGGGAAUAUUGUAUUUUGACUGUAUGCAGAAAGAUUUUGGAGUUCAUCGAGGACCUGAACAUUAUGUCUGCAUGGUUGACAUCCUUGCACGUGCUGGAUUGCUCAAAGAGGCUGCAAUGAUAAUCCUCAAGAUGCCUUUUGAGCCCACUUCUAUCUUUUGGAGAACACUUUUGAAUGGAUGCAGGAUAAGUGGGGCUCUUAAAUUCGGUUUGUAUGCAGCUGAUCGGGUCUUGGAGCUUGAAUCAAAUAAUGCUGCCUCCUGUUUGAUGGUCAUGCAGAUGUAUGCAGCUGUAGGAAGACAGAGAGAGGCUGCUUUGAUGAGGAGAUGGAUGACUGAAAAAGAUGCAAGGAAGGAGUUGAGCAAUAGUUGGAUAGAGAUAAAAGGAAAGGUGCAUAUCUUUACCACUAGGGAUGAAACACAUCGUGAUUCCCAGAGUAUUUAUAUGAUCGUUGAGCUUUUAGCAGAUGUUGCAUCUGAGUAUGCUUAAUAACAGUUGACAGGAGUGCUGUCGAAAUCAGGCAUGUCAUGGAAUUGGCAUUUAUAGUUCUAUCUAUAGCAGGACUGUCACCUUGUGAUCUCUAUUAGAGAUUAGGGGGAAAAUGUCAAUUUAAGUCUUACAGCAAGAUUCGCUGUCGCGGUACCGGACCCCAUACCGGUGCCACACUAGCACAAUAUUGGUAUUGUAUGGUACGGAGUGUCGAGUAUCGGUACGCCAUCCGUAUUGGAUGCCGAUACCGAAUUGGUACGGUAUGGUAUGCUCCGUACUGCUUGGUUCGGGCCGGUACGGCAUGCUUUGUCGUAUUCUUUUCUUGACCCUUUCAUGUAGAUGGAUUUUAGCGAUAUUAUUGUAUACGGUGUGGUGUUAAAGGUGGAGGUUGAGAGCUGAAAAUGUGGGAAAGAAAAUUCUUUGCUGAUUAUGAGAAAGAUUUUCAUGAAAAGUGGAGCCGAUUUGGACGUGGUACAGCUAGGAAAGACAAAGGAGCUGCCUGAAGCGGGCUUAGAUACUGAGUUACAGAUUUACACCUUUGGAAAGAGAAACAGCUAAGAUAAGGCUUUUGUAGCAAAAUUUCAGGUAGCAUGAUCCUUGGCCCGAGCAAAUUAUUGCAUUGGCUGACUGACUUGGCAAAGAAGCAAAGCUUUUGUAGAAAAAUUUCAGGUAGCAUGUUCCUUGGCCCAAGUGAAUUAUUGCAUUGGCUGACUGACUUGGCAAAGAAGCAAAGCUUUUGUAGCAAAAUUUCAGGUAGCAUGCUCCUUGGCCCAAGCUUUUUGCAGGGUUAUGAAUUAAGAUGCAGCAACAAUUUUCAGUUACCAAGGAAGGGUCCUGAUAUUUUACCUACUUGAUGCUAAAACUAAAUCCUAAUGUCUUAUUUGUAUGAUAUUUAUAAGCUGGCCAGUCAUAAGAGUGGCAAUGUCUUGUUUACUUGUCAGUAAAAAUAUAUCAAAUUGUGCUGCCUUGUGCUAAAUCCUGUAGGAAAAGAAUAUAGAUUGUCAGUGUACAUCUUGCAGAGCAGCCAACAACUGCAAAGGUGCUAAAUAGCGAUGAGAGAGGUUGGCAUUCAGAUUGUUUUCCUGGAAUGACUCCAGCUAACUAGAAAUGUGCUCUGGGUCCUUUGGACACAAUUUGGUUUUACCGCCAUUUUAUCCAGCCUGUGCGGGUCAUCUCAUGAUUUGGGAAGCCUGUAGUCUACUAGCUGCAUGCUGUGGAAGAAGCAUGGUCCACCUAACAAAACUCGACCUGAGAUUAUCUUCACAAGUUAGUGCCUCCGGCAGAGUGAAGAAUUUCUGGUGUUAAAUUUUCAGAGAAAGCUUAUAGUCUUCCACAAAAAUUCAUGUUAGCUGGCUGAGAGUGCAUGGAUACCGUACUUGGCUAAUGAAAGCUGUAAUGGUUCCUCAAGGGACCUGACUUGAGCUCUUUCCAGGUUCCAGCUUCUGUAACUUUGGACAUAUUUUGACUGGACGAUUGUAGUCUGAUGAGGGCAAGCAUGACUUGCUGUAGAACAAGUAAUGCUGAUGUUAGAUUCUAACUGAUGAGGUACUGUAAUGGAUUCCAUGAUGAAUGGAUCACCUUGGUGCACUUGUGUACCAAGUGCACUUGAUAGUGUGACAUGCACAAA